AUCAGUGAAUGGCAGUUAUCGGUGAAAGUGUGGCAGAUAUGUGUAAAGCGCACCAUAUCUCCAUGCUGGUUCCUCUCCUGCUUAGUAAUCGUAUAACGCUCGUGCUUCUCCACCUUUGCAUCCACACUUCUCCGACUGUUAUAAAUCUCGCGGAGGUUGCAUGUCUUUCACUUUCGCUCUAAGUAUCAGCAAUAGCAUCUAUGGCUUCUCUCCGCGACAACUUCAAGACCAAAGCUGGCGAACGUCUCACCAUUGGGGUUGGCUCCGGAACGAAAUGGCACAUCCUCAAGCGCUCCAGAGGUGAAAAAACCGGCGAUUUGGUGGAACCUCUUGUCACGACGUUAGUCAGUGCCUUUGAAGCGGGUUUCAAUCAUGUUGAUACCGCCGAAAUUUACAACACCCAUGCUGAAGUCGGGGAAGCGUUGAGGAGAGCGGGCUACCUCGCAGAUGAAAAGGCUCGCGAAAAGGUCUGGGUCACGGACAAAUACUAUCCUGGCGGGUUUCCUGGCCACGAACCCUUAACCACGGGACCCAUUGCGUCCAUUGAUGUCGCUUUGAAAGCGUUGGGCACCACUUACCUCGACUUGUACUUGGUACACCAGCCGUUCUUCGAUCCCAAGACCGGCACUGGCUUGACCCUAAAGGACGUCUGGCGUGAGUUGGAGCAAGCCGUUGCUGAGGGCAAGGUGAGGUAUAUCGGUCUUUCCAAUAGCGCCGUGCCGCAUAUUGAGGAAAUUCUUUCCUACGCCACUGUCAAACCGGCAGUUAACCAAAUAGAGUUCCAUCCGUUUUUGCAGGAACAGUCGCCUGGCAUUGUGAGUUUCUGUGCGAAGCACGAUAUCUUGAUUGAACCCUACGGGCCCCUUUCGCCACUUUUCCGUGACGACUCGGGGAAAUUGAAUGACACGUUGGACAAGAUCGGUGCCAAGCAUGGAAAGAACAGAGCGCAGGUCUUGCUCAGAUACGCCGUGGAUCAGGGAUUCUUGCCGAUCACCACCUCAUCCAAAGCUGAAAGAUUCCACGAGGCGUUGGAGGUUGAGACAUUCCAAUUGUCCCCGGAAGAUGUGGCACUAAUUUCAAAAGAAGGGGCCAAGCACCAUUUCAGAGGUUUCUUUAUUGAGAAAUUCGCCCCCUACUAUGUCUAGAGUAUUAGUGCUGUGUAGCUGGAAUUUUGGCGCAAUCUUUAAACACCGAGGGACACCUGAGUAACCCUUUGCUUGUGAGGGGUUUAGCCUUUCAGUUUCACGGGAUGAGACAGGCUAUCCUUGGUUGAAACUUGGUUUGAAAUAAAUAAAUUACAAGGCAAAUAAAUUCAUAUAUUGCGAU